AAAACUCAACUGGAACCACUGUUUUUGCCCUUCGUUUUCUAAUUUGCACUUCACACAUUGACUGAUUAGCUUUUAUUUAGUACCUCGCACUUCGCAGGUAUUCUGUACAGCUGUGAACGAAGUGUAUAUCCUUAAGUUUAAGAGAAUACAAACGCUCCCAGUGUAUUUAAAUAUAAUAAAAUAAAAUAGAAAUAUACAUGUGUAACAAUAAAGCAUGUGUGAAAUUUUAACAAAGCUUAUGUAGGUAUUUUCUAUAUUCCAGUAUUUGCACAAAAUGCCAAAGAAAUUCACUGGAGAGAAUAGCAAAGCUGUAGCAGCUCGACAGCGCAAAGAAAAUGCUAAACUGGAAAAAGAUCAAAAAACAAAGAAAGCUGUAGAGGAUGCAGAAUGGGAAGAUAAUGAUGAUAAACUUAAGAAGAAACAACAGAAAAAGGAAGAGCAAGAAAAAAAACGUUUAGAUCAAUUACAAAAGAAAGCUGAAGCAAAGGCACUGCUUGAAAAGGAAUUGGAAUCUAUUAAAAGUACCACCAAGACUGCACCACCUCCUCCAAAAAUCACCAGAGCACAGAUUUCUCAAGCCAAGGAGAAGAUGGCUAAGCCUGAAACUGCUAAGCCUGUGCCCUCAAAGGUUGUCAUUGAAGAACCUCCCUUAGAAGAAAAUCUAAACAGGAUACAGUUAGAUGGUGAAUUAGCACAGACUGUUGAUGAAGCUCUCGCGAUACUCAGUGAUAAGCCGGAAGUAGAUAGACAUCCUGAAAAACGACUUAAAGCAGCCUUCACAGCCUUUGAACAAAUCAAUCUGCCACGUCUUAAAGCCGAGAACCCUUCACUCAGGCUUUCUCAGCUCAAAGAACUGCUAAAGAAAGAAUGGCACAAAUCACCACAGAACCCCCUCAAUCAAAGGGUCUGAACUAAUGAGACUGUUAAUAAAUUCAUUUUCACUAAAAUGCCAGUAACAAGAAAUGUAUGACUGUUCAUAGAACAUCAUAUCAGUAUUGGUAUUUGAUGAUACUAACCUUUGUGCAAUAAACUUGGGAAAUAUCAGUUACAAAAUAAAUUCAUACUAUUGAAAUGGCCACACUGUAUUUCACUAACCAGUCUUAGUAGAUAUAAGUUUUCUAAUUAAAAUAGUAACAAUAAAGAAAUCAAAA